AUGACUCAAGACACCAGUUCUAAGAGUUCUAAGAGUGUCCAGAAGCCCAGAGCAGAGUCACCUACACCCAGCCUGCAAUCAAUGAAGAGUGAUCAGCCACCUGCUUUCAGCCAGGAACCAUUUCCAGAUGACAAUAAGGAAGUGGAGAGUUUGGACAGUGAGGAUGUAUUAAAGAUCACACACAACCUUCUGGACAGAAGAAGUCAAACUCUGCUGACAGUCCAACAAGACAUUAAGGCUAAACUGAAACAUAAGUAUCAACACAUAUCUGAAGGAAUUGGACACCAUGGAAACCAAAGUCUGUUCAAGGACAUCUACACAGAGCUCUACAUCACAGAGGGUGGAAGUGGAGGGCUCAAUAAUGAACAUGAGGUUAGACAGAUGGAGAUGGCAUCCAAGAAACAAACCACACAAGAGACACCAAUCAAAUGCAAUGACAUCUUCAAGCCUUUACCUGGACAAGACAAACAUAUCAGAACUGUGCUGACAAAAGGAAUCGCUGGCAUUGGAAAAACAGUCUCUGUGCAGAAGGUCAUCCUUGACUGGGCAGAGGGAAAAGCAAAUCAGGAAGUUAAUUUCAUGUUUCCUCUUCCUUUCCGUGAUCUGAACCUGAGAAAGGACCAAUACAGUCUGGUGCAACUUCUUUCCCACUACUUCUCAGAGCUGAAAGAGAUUGACAGCAUUGAAGAUGGUGAAACCAAAACGGUUUUCAUUUUUGAUGGUCUGGAUGAGUGUCGACUUCCUCUAGACUUCAUAAACAAUGAGAAGUGCUGUGAUGUCACGAAGCCAACCUCAGUGGACGUGCUGCUGACAAACCUCAUCAAGGGGAAUCUGCUUCCCUCUGCUCUCCUCUGGAUAACCUCACGACCUGCAGCAGCCAAUCAGAUCCCUCCUGAUUGUAUUGACCGGGUGACAGAGGUACGAGGGUUCAAUGAUCCACAGAAGGAGGAGUACUUCAGGAAGAAAAUCACAGAUCAGAAACUGGCCAAUGAUAUCAUCAAACACAUGAAGACAUCAAGGAGCCUCCACAUCAUGUGCCACAUACCAGUCUUCUGUUGGAUAUCAGCCACUGUCCUUGAGAUGAUACUGAAAGAGGCAGAGAAGGAUGAAGUCCCCAAAACUCUGACCCAGAUGUGCUCACACUUCACGCUCAUCCAAAUCAUUGUGAAGAACAGGAAGUACAACAAAGCCACAGAGACAAACCCAAAGGAACUGUCUCAGUCAGACAAAGAGAUGAUCCUGAAACUGGCAAAGCUGGCUUUCCAACAGCUGCAGAAGGGCAACCUGAUCUACUAUGAGGAGGACCUGAGAGAGUGUGGCCUUGAUGUCACAGAGGCAUCAGAGUACUCAGCAUUGUGUACAGAGAUCUUUAAAGAAGAAUCUGGGCUGGACCAAGAGAAGGUCUACAGCUUUGUGCAUCUGAGCAUUCAGGAGUUUCUAGCAGCAGUGCAUGCUUUAGAAUCAUGUCUGGACAAGAAGGAAAAUGUUUUCUCCCCCACUAGUGAUGAUGAUGAAAAGGAGUCAAUCAGGUUGUCUGACUUACACGAGAGCGCAGUGGACCAGGCCUUGAAGAGUGAGAAUGGACACCUGGACCUGUUCCUCCGCUUCCUUCUGGGUCUCUCAUUGGAGUCCAAUCAGAAUCUGUUACGAGGCCUUCUGACACAGACAGGAAGUACAACACAGAGCCAUAAGAAAACAGUUAACAGAAUAGUCAGGUACCUUUCAUACAAAAUCGACCAGGAAUCCUCACCAGAAAGAAUCAUCAACCUGUUCCACUGUCUGAAUGAACUUGGUUCCAACUCUCUAGUUGAAGACAUGCAGACCUCCCUGCGAUCAGGAACUCUUUCAGAAACAAGACUAAAACCUGACCAAUGUUCAGCCCUGGCCUACCUGUUACUGAUGUCAGAGGAGGUGCUGGAGGAGUUUGACCUGAAGACAUACAACACAUCAAAGGAAGGUUAUCAGAGGUUGCUGCCAGUAGUUAAAACCUGCAAAAGAGCACUACUGGAUGGCUGUAAAGUCACAUAUAAAUCGUGUGAGACUCUGACCUCAGCUCUGCAGACACCAAACUCCCCCCUGAGAGAACUGGACCUCAGCUACAAUAACCUGGGAGACAGAGGAGUGGAGCUGCUCUGUGUUGGACUAACCAGUCCACUCUGCAACAUACAGACACUAGUUCUAGGUCAGUGUGGUCUGACAGAGGGUUGCUGUUCAGAUCUGGCCUCAGUCCUGAGUUCACCCAACUCACAACUGAACCAACUGGAGCUGAGAAACAAUGACCUGCAGGACUCAGGAGUUACACUGCUGUCUGCUGGACUGGAGGAUCCAGACUGUAAACUACACACACGGGUAAGUACAGCUGUUUCAGUCAGGUCGGUACUGAGCUGAGUUACACUGCUGUCUGCCGGACUGGAGGAUCCAGACUGUAAACUACACACACUGGGGCUGUCUGGCUGUCUGGUCACAGAGGAGGGCUGUGCUGCUCUGUCUUCAGCUCUGAGGUCAAACCCCUCCCACCUGAAAGAGCUGGACCUGAGCUACAAUCACCCAGGAGACUCUGCAGGGGGACUGCUUUCAGCUGCUCUGGUGGAUCCCACAUAUAAACUGAUGAAGCUGAAUGUGGAUCAUGGUGGAGAGUGCAGGCUGAAAUCAGGGCUGAGGAAAUAUGCCUGUCAUCUCACCCUGGACCCAAAUACAGCAAACCCAAACCUGAUACUGUCUGAGGGGAACAGGAAGGUGACAUGUGUGGAAGAGAGGCAGCAUUAUGAAGACCAUCCAGACAGAUUUGAUUGUCUUUACCAAGUUCUCUGCAAAGAAGGCUUAUCUGGAUCUCGUUAUUACUGGGAGGUAGAGAGGGAUGGUAGCAUGGCUGACAUUGGUGUGGUGAACAAAGGAAUGGAGAGAAAGGGAUGGGAGGAUGCCAGUUGGAUUGGAGGCAAUAGGAAGUCCAUGUGUUUACUCUGCUCUCACAGUGGUUAUCGCUUUAACCAUGCUGGAGUCAACAGAAUCAUCCCUGGUCCUGUGUCUAACAGAGUUGGAGUGUAUCUGGACUGGCCAGCUGGUACUUUGUCCUUCUAUAGUGUGUCCUCCUCUGGUACACUGACACACCUUUACACAAGACACACCACAUUCACUGAACCCCUCUAUCCUGGGUUUGGGAUUUCCUUCUUCUCAGUGACCUCAGUGACCCUGUGUCAGAUAGAUGACCAACACAUUCAGAGAGACCAUGAUGGAGAGAGUUUGAUCAAGCCUGGACCUGAGAACACCAGAGACCAUGGUGGAGAGUGUUGGAUCAAGCCUGGACCUGGGGACACCAGAGACCAUGGUGGAGAGUGUUGGAUCAAGCCUGGACCUGAGGACACCAGAGACCAUGAUGGAGAGAGUUUGAUCAAGCCUGGACCUGAGAAAAUGAUUCCUCAGAGCUGUAAGACUUGUGACCAUGUUGAGGACUCCACACACUGGCUUCAGAUUGAACCCUUGACUUCCACUGUCCAGGGAGUGACAAUGUUCAGACACAGGACACCCAAAGGGAGUUAUGAGUGCACAGUGUCUGGGCUCCGCUGGCUGUGUGAGAGAGAUGUCAUCCUGAAGUAUCACUUCAGGAACUGGGAUCCCUACAGUCAACUUCUGAAAGACAUGCAGUACACACAAGGUGGUCCAUUUCUGGACAUCACUAUGGAGUUAGGUGAACUGGAGGAAGUUCAUCUGCCACACUUUGUCUGUUUAGGGACCAACCCUUCCCUGAGGAAUGAGAUGAAGAUUCUUCAUGUAGAGGAACAUGGAGUGUCUUUAGAGGAAGUGCAUGAGGUCACCAGAUUCCAUGCUAAGAUUCUCCAUCCCAAGUUCUCACUUAUCUCUGUUAUACUGAGCUAUAUCUUUUCAUGGAACGUAGAUGUCCACUGUGAGCUGAUGCUCUAUCUGACAGUGAAAAGGGAAACAUUAAUUUCUCGCCUAUACCUGUUCCCCUGGAACCCCGGCCAAAUACAGGCUGUGGAACAACAGGAAAAGUCUCAAGGGUCUUCAAGGAUUCUCAUCUCAAGACCAGAGCAGUCCUUCAAACUGAAUAGUUCCAUCAGACUGAACAUUCCCUGUUCUACCUCCAUCAAUCCACAGAAGAUUCAUCUCAUACAAAGAGACACCACACCAAGCUUUUUCAGGGCGGUUAUGAAAAUGACAGGGAUUGACAUUGAGAUGGAGUUAUUCAGUGAUGAUGAGAGGACAGUAUGGAAAGAAAAAGUAUCACAAGAUGAAUACAUCACUGACACCCGUUCAACAAGUGCUGUGUUGGGGGCAGGAGGUCCGGCUGAGAGCAGUCUGACUGGUUCUCCAGAGCACCAGCUGCGUUCUGUACGGACAAAGUUUGUGAACCAAGUGUCAAAAGCUGUCCUGAAUGGACUGCUGGACGGACUCCUGCAACACACAGUCAUCAACCAGGAGGAAAUGGAGUCAGUGAAGGUGAUCGCUGAGAGGGCAGAGAAGGCACGUGACAUCAUCGACAUGGUGUUGAGAAAAGGAACGGAGUCGUGUUCCAGGAUGAUCAACCUUCUUGGGGAGCUGGACCACUGUCUUUGUUCACAGCUUCAGAUCAACAGUGUUGGGGUACCAACCUAAUUGUAGAAUGGAUAGUAACAGUGUUGGGGUACCAACCUAAUGGUAGAAUGGAUAGUAACAGUGUUGGGGUACCAACCUAAUGGUAGAAUGGAUAGUAACAGUGUUGGGGUACCAACCUAAUGGUAGAAUGGAUAGUAACAGUGUUGGGGUACCAACCUAAUGGUAGAAUGGAUAGUAACAGUGUUGGGGUACCAACCUAAUGGUAGAAUGGAUAGUAACAGUGUUGGGGUACCAACCUAAUGGUAGAAUGGAUAGUAACAGUGUUGGGGUACCAACCUAAUGGUAGAAUGGAUAGUAACAGUGUUGGGGUACCAACCUAAUGGUAGAAUGGAUAGUAACAGUGUUGGGGUACCAACCUAAUGGAUAGUAACAGUGUUGGGGUACCAACCUAAUGGUAGAAUGGAUAGUAACAGUGUUGGGGUAUCAACCUAAUGGUAGAAUGGAUAGUGACAGUGUUGGGGUAUCAACCUAAUGGUAGAAUGGAUAGUAACAGUGUUGGGGUACCAACCUAAUGGUAGAAUGGAUAGUAACAGUGUUGGGGUACCAACCUAAUGGUAGAAUGGAUAGUAACAGUGUUGGGGUACCAUCCUAAUGGUAGAAUGGAUAGUAACAGUGUUGGGGUACCAACCUAAUGGUAGAAUGGAUAGUAACAGUGUUGGGGUACCAACCUAAUGGAUAGUAACAGUGUUGGGGUACCAACCUAAUGGUAGAAUGGAUAGUAACAGUGUUGGGGUACCAACCUAAUGGAUAGUAACAGUGUUGGGGUACCAACCUAAUGGAUAGUAACAGUGUUGGGGUACCAACCUAAUGGUAGAAUGGAUAGUAACAGUGUUGGGGUACCAUCCUAAUGGUAGAAUGGAUAGUAAUACUCCUAUUCAAACAUACCUGAUCCUAGAUCGACACUCCUCCUCAACGUUUAGGUUUACACUGAAUGCUCUCUCUCAAGACAUCAGUCGGGAAGUUAAAGCUUGGUCACAAAUGGGUCUUCCAAAUGGACAAUGACCCCAAGCAUACUUCCAAAGUUGUGGCAAAAUGGCUUAAGGACAACAAAGUCAAGGUAUUGGAGUGACCAUCACAAAGCCCUGACCUAGAAAAUUUGUGGGCAGAACUCGCGUGUGUGAGCAAGGAGGCCUAAAAACCUGACUCAGUUACACCAGCUCUGUCAGGAGGAAUUGGCCAAAAUUCCCCCAACUUAAUGUGGGAAGCUUGUGGAAGGCUCCCUGCAACGUUUGACCCAAGUUAAACAUAAUUUAAUGCUACCAAAUACUAAUUGAGUGUAUGUAAACUUCUGACCCAAUGGGAAUGUGAUGAAAGAAAAAAAAGCUGAAAGAAAUAAUUCUCUCUACUAUUAUUCUGACAUUUCACAUUCUUAAAAUAAA